UUCUUAUAAAAAAUUAUUUCACCGAGACUGACUAUAUACUAUGUACAAACAUUGCACUGCUGGAUAUUGCAAAUUUUGAUUCACAAAAAAUAAAAUGCAGAUCAGUUAUGAAGUACAUUAAUGACAAGAAAGAAAAUAUAUACAGCAUCCUGAGGGUGUUGAUAAUUCUACACUUUUGUGUAGUAAGUAAUGGUCAAGGAUGCCAAGGAAAACCAGAGGUAGUGGCCAGCUGUCCCCAGUCAGCUUAUGAUUGGAUAAUGCAUGCAAAGGUUGUAUGUACAGUGUCCAACAACUAUCACUGCCUUAUAACCGAAAACCAUCGUGAUGACAAACAGAGUCUCAUUGAAUGCUGCAUGAAACCACAAAACAUCACAAGAGGACAUAUGCCUAGGUAUAAUCAGAACAAGAAUGAAUUACAAGAGAUUGAAUGCCAAGAAGACUAUUACAUGCCAACCCAGUUCUUGUCUAAUAGAUACAGAGAUCAUGAUGUGCAGCACUGCAAAUAUAUGAAAACAAAUUGCAAUAUGGAAGGCAUGAAAAUCUGUAAUCAUGGAAGUACAACAACUGAUAGAAAAUGCUACUGUGAUUAUAAGGAAUUGUAUGUACCAGAGUUGCCCUUAGAUCGUGGAGAACAUUGCUUUUCAGUAAAAGAUAAUGUAUGUAGUCUUAGAAAGGACUGUGAUAGAACUUACCAAGAACUAAAUAUGAUGUACCAAUGUGUCAAUGUGUGUAAAACUGGUUACUUCAGACCUGAAAAUGAAAUUAUAUGCAGACUUUUGCCAGAAGGUACAACAGUUGCUGGUAAGGUAACAGCUGAGGUCUCAGUCCCUGACAUCAUCAAACCAACACUCAAAACUAGCACACCAACAACUUCUACAAAAGAUAAUAUGGUUAAACCAGAAAUGGAAAAUCAAGGAACCAAAAAUAAUCAUAUUAUAGCUAUAGGGGUUGGUGUAGUAUGUAUAGCUACCACUAUUGGUGGUUUUGUAAUAGUUGUUUAUCUUUUGAGAAGAUAUAGAAAAGGUGGUAAUGGACCUCAUUUCUGUUGCACUUUUGGAAAUAUUCAACAAAGUAAUAUAGAUGCAGACACAUUAACCUAUGGGCAUAACAACAAAAUUAUUAAAAAUUGUAAAUUUAAAGUUCAAGAUGAAGAAUCCAGACUUUUACAAGAAAUUGAAGUACAGAAAGAAAAGUAUAGAGAAGUCUAUGGAUCUGAAGUUGUGCUGAAAGUAAAAAUAUCUUUUGGUGUUAGAAGUAUCUAUUGGUUUUAUAAAGAUCAUGAUGAUAAUCCUCAACUGAUCCCAUCUGAUGAUUCUAGAUACUCUGAAUUCAAUAUAUUAACACCAUCUUUAAAGAUCAAUAAUUUAUGCAAACAAAGUGCUGGAAGUUAUAUUUGUAAAGUAACUAUGGACAAUGAAGAAGAAACUCCAAUUGAGAGCCGAAAAAUAGAAGUUGAAGUAAUAGAGCCAGUAUUAAAUUUAAAGAAGACUUUGAUAGAUGUUGAAUAUGGAAGGGAAGUAACUCUUGAAUGUGAGAUAUUAGAUUGUCCAAAAUAUUAUGAAUUAUACUGGGAAAAAGAUGUUGAUGAAAAUGUAAAGGAACUAAAAAUAAAUGAUGAAACAAAAGAAAAAUAUAGUGGUUGUACAAAAACUUAUCCAAAUUUAACAAUUAAAGAUGCUGACCAUGGUGAUAAUGCUCUCUACUGUUUUUGUAUAAAAUAUCAACCUUCGACAGAUGAAUGUGAAAUAUUCCGUAGCAGCUCAAAAAUCAAGGUUCAUGUUGUAAAUGAACCAUCUGUUGAAAUGAUUAAGAAUACAAAGGACGUUUUCAUUGGUGAUAAUAUUUCUUUUGGAUGUAUUAUCAAUCAUAGACCCAAAAAAUUUGAAGUUAUUUGGGAAAAGAUAGCAGCAGACAACGAAGAAAUUUCUCGAAUUGUAAUUUUUGAUGAGAAAACAAAGGAUAAAUAUGAGUCAUAUAAUGAUUCAAAUAAACCACAUUUAACUAUAAAAGAUGCAGAAGAAUCUGAUGAUGCCUUAUAUCGUUGCUUUAUUCGAUAUUUCUCUUCUGUUGGUGAACAGAUUGCUAUUAGUGAUAAGAUCCGUCUGCAUGUUAAAGAAAAGGAACCCGUUAUAGCUGGGGACACACAUAAUAUUGGCACAUAUAUCGAGGACCUUCAUCAAAUGAACACGGGUCUAAAGAGUGUAGAUAUACAGCGCUUCACUCGUAGAGCCUCAGAUUCUAGCAGUUCAGCAGAUUUUAAUGGUUUCAAAGCAGAAAAAUAUCCAAAGGUUGAUGACCAAGCAGAGAACAUUGCUUCUAGAAAUGGGGCAUCUGCAUCAAAUGGUCCAGGAAGUGAAAAUCAACAUGCUGAACAUUUAAUAAGUGAUAUUGACAUAUUAAGUCGAGGAAAUAGGCAAAAACUACGAAACCUAAAUCCAGAGGAAGAUUCUUGUUUCAGUGAAAUGGAGCGAAUAGCUGGUUUACAUGGAUAUGUUGUUAAGAAUGUUCAUGCAGAUGGAAAUUGUUUAUUCCACGCAAUUUCCCAUUACAUUGGAGAUCAGAUUAGUGAACACCCUCUGAUAGGAGAACAAAAAGCAAAAGAACUCAGAAUAAAAACUGUACAGUAUUUAGAGAAAAAUGACACAACGCCAAAUGGAGAGAAAUAUUCGUCUUUUUUAGAGGAUCAAAUAAAUGAUCAAAAUGGGGACAAAUGGUCACAAUAUUUAAACUCUAUGAAACAGCAAGGAACAUAUGGGGAUGAACUUAUAUUGAGGGCCAUUAGUCACCAUUUUAGUGUGCACAUUUCAGUUUUAUCUACUGAAUCCCCAGAACGUUUUUCAAAAUAUAAUCCAGUUCAACGAAAUGAACAAACAAAAAAUAUUCACCUUGGUUUCAUACAUGCAAAUCGUCACUACGUCAGACUUGAAAAUAAGGAGGCAUUGCAUCAACAACCCUCAAAGAAUGAAUCAUCAGUUUGACAGUAAUCUACUUAAUAGAAACAAUAAUUCAGGGUACAAUGUCAGACUGAUUCAAUGCUAGUUUGUUUUGGGGAUUAGGUACUGCCAAAGAUAACAGAUCUCAAGUGUGUUUGUUUAGAUGCAUCAUUAUAUAUCUUCUUGUUAGUAGAAUUGACAAUAGAAGUGCACUCUAUGUGUGAUUUUGAUUAAAGGAUUGUAAAAUGUAACACAUAUUUAUAUUUUACUUCUGAUUUUUAGUGUUCUUGGUGAGGACUUGGCAUUUCACUUGAAUAAGUAUGGACAAAAAAAAUCAUAAUUGCACUAUAUGCAAGACCUUGUGUAAUGGAAUGCAAAAAUGUAAUGGUAUUGUUUCAUCUGAUAGCAGUGUUCAUCUGAAGGAUAUUGCAUAUAACCCUAUAUUGAGAAUGGACAACAAAUUGCUCAAUUUGAAAAAUUUUGGUUGAUUGAAUGCGAAAAUGCAAUGUUAAUUUUUCAUCAAACUCUUUGUGUUCAUGCAGAUUCUUUUUUUCUUAAAUAUGGUUACUCAUUCACAUGGUGCAAUUUUGUAUUUGAUCCAACAAUGUUAGCACUCAGGUGAAACAAAUUUCUAAUUUGGAAAUAUUUUGGUUUUGUGUUAUUAUAACGAAAUACCUCAAUGUAUCUGUGCUUUUGGUAUAUAUUUUUGUUUUACAUGUACUGGUAGCACAUCUGAAGAACACCAAAUGAAAAAUGAAAUCAUGUGAAUGAAGUUACUUGUAAAUAUUUUGUGAAAUAUUGUUUAAGAAAUAGUUAGUAAAAUAUUCAGAUGUUGCCUUAUAAAUACACAUAUCAAAUUUUAGUAUAUAUCAUUUGUACAGUGUAUUUAGACUAGUAUUUUGUAAAAUGUACAUGAUUGCUAUUAUCUUAAUUUUCUUUUGAUUAUCUUCAUAAUAAUUUUCCAUCUCGCACUUCACAAGUGAUAUGAGUUAAAGUGAAAGGGUUUGGAUAAUGUCACUAGCUAAUGUCAUUGACUAGAAAAAUAGCUUUAUUUUUUUAUAGUCAUUCAAACUAGAUGAUAUUUCUCUACCACAGUAAAUCUCAGUGCUUUAGCCCUUGUGUGAGAUAAUAAGUCAAUGGUGCCCAGAAACUCCAUCUCUUUAAUUAUAUUUAAUUGCCUUAUUAGAAUUGUUUUGUUAGUUUUGUAGAUUACAUAAUUAAUAUUGGUGCAUUCUU